AUGAAAGUAGAUUCAAUUGUUAUUGCUAAAGUUUUGACAGCUGGUGCUAUUGCCUCGUUUGCAGCGGUCUCUUGGAAAGUAUAUUUAUUGGACGUUCCAAAGUUUUUUGAGGAUCUCAAGGAAUCGAGUGCCAAAUCAUUAAAGUCGUUCACAGAGAUGUACAAGCAAACCAGUCCAGUACAAAUUACACUCAGUGUUAUCGGAACAUUGUCUAGUCUCUAUGUUGCCUACAAGACCAAAGAUAGAAGAUGGUUAAUGGUGACAUCGCUAGCUGCUCUACCAGCCUCAUUCACAAUUGCUUGGUUGGGACCACAAGUCAACGAGAAACUCUUCAAACUAGAGGAGAACUCUGACAAAGGUGAGGUUGCCGAUACCGAACAAGUCGAAACAUUGCUCACCAAAUGGAAAUAUGCUCACUUGGGUCGUGCUGUUGUACCCACUAUUGCAUUGGCUGCACUCUACUCAUUGAAACCAUUCAAGCAUUGUUUCUGUCAUUUAAAAAAUUAA